AUCUUUCCAUUUGCCCACUGUACAGAUUUAAUAGGCGUUCCCCCGAGUUGUUAACAUGUUGGAGUGGGUUUGGACCCUGGAACACAUUCUCUUCUCCUUCAUAAUCGUAAUUCUGACGCUUGUUUACAUUAACAGGGGACGGGAAGAGCUCUUUAGAAUCCUUGUCAUAGGACUCAAACAACUGCCAGGGGUAGAGGAAAUUCUUAGAUACGUGCUCAGGCGUCAGGUCAACGACUUUGUUCAGAAUUCUACUUUGAGGAAAAGUGAUGGAUCCGUGCCCAAAGUUGUCAUUCCAAAAAUAGGUAUCCCCACUGACCAGCUGAGGACAGAGUUGUCGGACCUGAAGGGAAAAGAAACUAAUCCCGAGGAGGGCAAGAUAUUCGCCUAUGUGUACACUCAGGAAGAUGACCACUUUGAUAUUCAGACCGAGGCUUUCAAAACCUUCCAAGAGAAGCUGGGAUAUUCUGUAGAACAUGACAGUAUCGUUAAGGAGUUUCAUCACGCCUUCUUGCACGAAAAUGCGCUGAACCCGAUGGUUUUUCCAAGCUUAAGAAAGAUGGAAACUGAAAUCGUAAGCAUGACUGCUGGAAUCCUAAACGGAAGUGACGAAUGUGUAGGUUUCUUGACUUCCGGUGGUACUGAGAGCAAUCUGAUGGCCGUUAAGACGUACCUCAACCGCGCUAAGAAAAUGUAUCCCACCAUCAAAAACCCUGAAAUUAUAGCCCCUAUAACGAUACACCCUACCAUCGACAAGGCGGCGGAUUAUUUUGGUCUCACUGUAAUACACACACCAGUAGACAAGGAUUUCCGAGCGGACGUCAGGGCCAUAGAGAAGGCUAUCACACCCAACACUAUCCUGUUGUGCGCGUCCGCUCCCCAGUUUUGCCAUGGGAUCAUCGACCCGAUAGAGGAGAUCUCUCACCUCGCCCUGAAGAAGGGACUACCCUUACACGUGGAUGCAUGUUUCGGGGGAUACAUGUUGCCAUGGGUAGAAAAACUGGGAUAUGAAGUCCCGCCCUUUGAUUUUCGUGUCCCAGGUGUAACGUCCAUGUCUGCCGAUGUACAUAAAUACGGAUACGGAGUCAAGGGCUCCAGUGUCAUUAUUUACAGAAAUAAUGACUAUCGCCGUUAUCAGGUCUAUACAUACGCCCAAUGGCCCGGGGGGCUGUAUGGCUCACCUAGCAUGGCAGGAACUAGGCCAGGUGGGAACAUUGCGGCCUCGUGGGUAGCCAUCAGAGCCCUGGGUGAGGACGGGUAUAUGAAGCGAGCCAAAGAACUGAUGGAGGCCACGGAACAACUAAAACAGGGGGUGCGUGAUAUACAGGGAUUGAAGAUUCUGGGGACGCCACAUAUGACCUGUUUUGCUGUUGGUGCGGCGGAUCCAGAAAUUGACAUCCAAGCUGUGGCAGACGAUAUGGAUAGUAAAGGGUGGAAGAUGGAGCGGAACCAGAAUCCCAGUUCUCUCCACUUGUCCAUUCUACCGUCUCAUAUCCCCGUGGUGUCUGAUCUCCUCACCGACCUCAAAGCCUCCACCGAAAGGGUCAAGGGUGACGUGACUCUGUCGAAGAAUGGCACAGCAGGGGUGUACGGGAUGAUCUCUACCAUUCCGGACAAGUCCAUUAUAGAUGACUUUCUGGUGGAGUUCUUCUGCCAGGUGUACACAUAAUGUAAAAUCGACAAGUUCUCUCCGAACCUUGAUGCCAACGCACAAGUGUGAUCUCUCCUGGACUGGAAUACUCAAAAUUUGUUGCAAACCCAUUGAAUAAAAAAGUUUGAAAGCACUA